AUGGCUUCCUCCUCAUCGCGGAAAGUCAAAGACGGUUCUCCAGAGUCCAGGAAAAAGACAGAGGCAGAGUCUCAGGCCAGAAUAUCACUUUUUGACGCGUCUUACGGGACAAUCAAAGAGAGGAUCCUGUUGCAGCGGCUGAUAGUGAUUGCACACCUCCCACAGCAACUUGCCGACAGGGCAGACCUGGGAGCGCAUUAUGAAAAGCUGCAACUUCAUUUGCAGAAGAGAUACCGCUGGGAUUUUAUUACAGGCCUGCUUUUGAUUUAUCCAUCCUGCAUGCUUCAUAUCAUUGAGUCCUCCAGCGAGGUCCUGGUGUCUGUUCUGAAAGACCUUAAAGACAUGCAGGAACAGCCAGAAAGCACCUUGUUGGAAGCUCCCAAGGUUAUGUUCAUGGCACAUAACCCUCCAGGCAGGCUGUUCCAAAAGUGGAGCUACAAGGUGCUGAAAUUGCAGACCACGACAAUUGGGGAUGAGAGUGAAGAAGAGAGCACCGAGACUCUGGUUUGCACUGUCCUGUCGGCGCUCCGCAAGCUGAGCGAGCGCUCUGAAAUAUCCAAGGCCCUUCCUGGAUCAGUGCUGGAUGAAGCUCCAGAGCUGAUCGUCCCACAAAACGUCCUGGACCAGCUGUUGUCUCGAGGGGAGCUGCAGAGCCCACAGCAGUACCUGCAGACCUACCACUCACCCCUCAACAUUGUCAUGGACUCUGGACACGUGUUUGGCAGCAGCUGUCCAACCACAGUUUAGUUUUUUGGUCAAAAGGUCAAAGAAUGUGUUUGGCCUCUACCAAAGCACCUUGGAUGGGACUGGUGAAUCAGGAGAAAUCAAUCCUGCCGGACACGUUUAUAACAACACUUGUGUAAUAUAUCAC